AUGUUGCGCCAUUCAUGGAUCAUUAGAGAACUUCAGAGCAGCAUCAAUAUCGGACGUUUGCGCCUCGCACAGCAGUUUCAGUCGAUGGACGGCUGGCAAGCGAACCAAUGUGAUCGCUUCGACAACUACAUCAAAGGUAAAAGGGUAAAAGAAUACUACGAUUGCUUUGAUCAACGUGUCGAACGGGCGUACCGGGUCGCAGUCAAAGCCCAUAAGGUAGAAGUUUUAAAUGCUUUCAAGCGGAAACUCACGAGCAGCCACGACAAGUUCACCGCGGGAACGAUGCUCGAGAUGCAAAAAGCGAUUGAGGAACGUCAGAGUUGGCUGCGCGAUGUUUGGGCUCAGGUUGACGCCGAUUAUCGAAGUGAUGACCCUGCUCGUCAGGAACUGGCGGCAAAGGAAAUAUCCGCGGCCCUCCACGGCGAGCCAAGUGAUUAUAUGCGAUGGGUGUAUGAACUCAAGCGUGAGGAGCGUUUCGUAGGCCCUAAACAAAAAGCCUCAAUGCUUGCAGAGAUGGCUCACGCGGGGCUUCCCGAGGUUUCUGAUGAGGAAAUCAACCGCUAUCAUAACCUUAAGCUUGACAUGUCGGAUAUUGAGCGAAAUGUAAAGCUUCGAUACGGCACCGCUGGCCUACAACAUUGGGCGGAGCUUCAGGCUGCCAAAGACGAUCUUUAUGAGAAUAAACUGGAUGACGCUGCCAAAGUCUAUCACGAGUUGUUAGAUCAGAACGAUCGAUAUGACGAGAGUCGCCGCACUGCACUCGUGCGGAGCCAUGUGGAGCGUAUGCAUCAAGCCCAAGUUCGCUUCAAAGCCGCCAUGGCUCUUGAGGAGGAGCGCGAUAAACUAAUAGAGGCCCAUCAAACCAUGGAGAACGAGCGAAUGCAAAUCGCUAAGGAAGAACGCAUUGCGCUUUUGAAGGAAGCUGCCGAGUUAAAGCAGCAAGGCGUGUCAAACAAGGAGAUUGAAAUGCGAAUGCGGGUGCGGCAACUGGAUCUACAUGCCCGACGACAGGCCGAGUACCAGCUCAAGGAGCAGGAAGACAUCCGCACCAAGAAGGAAAAGUAUCUUCAAUACAUUGAGAACUUUAAGACAAGUGUGGAAGAGCGUGAAGGGCUCGAGCUUUUGCGUCAACCGGACACAACUUCGGACAACGCACGAAAGAAUGUCUUUGGGUUUGUCGACGAGGAUUCUCUAAGCAAUGGUGAAACCGAUAUCGCUUCUGCACUUCAAGAGCGCAUCACGGUAAAGAACGACUCUACUUUAUUCAGCAAACACGGAGCGUCAUUACCAUCUGCCUCAGCUUCACAGCUCUCACCGUUCGUUAAGCGUCGUGAUUUAUCACAGAAGGACGUUCUAUGGAAGGCGAUAUCGGCCGACACCUACGAAAGUCCUUUCCCAGCUGUCCACCAGGCCCGAUUAGAUGCAUCGAAGGCUUACGAUGGACUGUAUGAAAAAUUUUACCCGUUAAAUCUCGUGCAGGGCAAGCGGUACAGCAAACAAGAUGAGGGUGAAUACGCAGCGGGCAAUGGUAUGGAUGGAAUGAUCUUCAAAGGCGGCAGUAAGCCUGAGCGUAGCCUUGCAUGGGGUGUUAGUCCAUCCGUGGUGCAUGACCUUGACCGCGACGGGAACACCGACUAUUUCUUUGACGGAACAUGGCAUGUUCGGGAUAAGGAAACUAGCGAUAUCGACUGGCGUUAUGAGAAAAAAAAAGGCGGUCCGGUAUUUCGCGGACCGCGCUUCUAUAAAAUCGGCGCCAAACGUGAGGCAAAUGAUCCAGGUUCAGCUAGUAUGGAUUCAGCACCAUUCCAGAGAAGUGCGGGGGGGGUUCGAAGUGACAAUAGUGGUCCAGCCCCGCGAAGGGCACAUUUCAAACGUGCUUCUUCAGACGUAUCGCCAUCUAGGCGCAGCUCGUCGCUCGAAGGCUUGCGUAGCAGUUAA